AAAAAAAUCGGACUGUGGUUGCUGAAGCUGAUGUUGCUGCAGAGGACGCAUCAUCAUGUUUUGUGAAUCAUAGAGUACAGAGUGAGCUGUUUCUGGUCGUGAUCACAGAAUGCAACCAGGAGUGAAUGCAGGAGCAGUUCAUAUUGGCUUCAUGAAUAACAAAAUCCCAAAUGCACUGUUAUGUCAGGCUGUGCAGGCACUUAUUGUUGAGUGGUUGCUGUUAUGAAAACACUGUGUGGUAGUUAUAUGAGCACAUCCCCUGACCAGGGAUAUGAGCAAUUAUGUGGAAUAUCAGUCCACCAAUUAAUUCAUCCAUUUAUCCUUAAUGAGACAGGAAACACUUCCACCUGUAGGUGCUAAAAAUACAAUGAACAGAUCAGAAUGUGUUUAUGUUUUUAUGGUUUGUUUCAGAUUAAAAUGUUCAAAAGGACAUUUUAUUUUGUUGCAUGUCAAAAAGAAAUGCUGCCAUUUCUACUUUGUUAUAAACCACAGCCUAUUUAUUUUGUUUCGUUAUUUUAACACGUAUGGAGAAAAAUAAAUACAAUUUUGAGCAGAUUCGGAGAGCUGCGAAGUACCAAGUGAACUACAAUGUAUGUUUCCAGACCUUUCUGGAGCUCAUUUCUUCAAAGGAAAAUUACAAAAUCCUGAAGUGGAGAUAUUGAAGGCUUAUUUUCUCGUUUCCUUUGUGCUUUAUGCUUCUAUAAAAGGAAUGAGUUUCUGGUUGAGAGUCGAUGACGCAGAAACUGCGCUCGGUGUAGGAGUAUAAGAGGAGCCACUCCGCUCUACUUGGUGCACAGAUGGGGAAGCAACUGGGUUGGUGAGAUUCUGACAGCCUCUCGGUGACGUUUGAAAGAACAUGGAGAUGAACGCAACUGAGAAGUUUUACCUUCCCGUUGAUGGCAUCUUCGAAAUGUUCAACUCUUUCACCGGGCAUCAAUCACCCAUUACGCACCCAGUUCUGCAAAGCACAGUCCUUACCCCAGCACUCCAAACACCCAAAGUCUCAAACAUAACGAAGACUGGUAUGGGCAUCAUCAAAAUGGUCAAAGGGUGCUGGAGACAACAGGAUAAGAAAGUGGUUACGAGGAGAUCCUCCAGUUCUGGUAACCGGCCGAUGUCGACUGAUCGACUCCCCAAAGGGUCCGUGGAUCUGCUGGAGCUGGGUCUGACCAAGCCAAAGAACUGUCACAGAAUAGUUGUGCUUGGCGCACCCAAAGUAGGCAAAACCAACAUGCUCCAGCGGUUCCUGGGUGAAGACUUUGAAGAGCAUUAUGAGCCCACAAGCGAAGACUUUCACAGAAAGCUGUUUCAAAUCGGAGGUGAGGCAUACCAGAUUGAUCUUCUUGACGCCGCAAGUGAGAGGGACUUUCCUGCCAAACGGAGGUUAUCCAUACUGACAGGUGACAUCUUUCUGCUCGUCUUCAGUGUGGAUGACAGAGACUCUUUCACUGAAGUCUGUGAGCUUCUCAACGAGAUCAAAGCUGCUAAAGCGAAAUUACUGAAACUGAAACAUCCCGCGAGAAUACCAGUCGUGUUAUGUGGGAAUAAAGUCGACCUGGGAGCAGAGAGAGCCGUCAGCCGGUCAGAGGUGGAAGAGAUGCUCGGUGAGGAUGUCGCCUUCUUCGAAACCUCGGCUAAAGACGGUACCGGACUGGAGGGUGUGUUCACAGCCCUCGCCUCUCUUGGCGGACUGCCUGACGAAACCAGCCCUUCACGGCACCAGAUCGUACCCAUCCUCACGUAUCAGGCGAUGUGCAUCAGCCAGCGAGACAGGAAAAGGAACAGUCGUACGCGGGAGCUCGGUGCGCCCUGUGCCGCAGUGGAUCCUCUGGCGAGACGCCCGAGCUUCACCAGCGACCUGCAGAUGGUGCUUGGAUCAAGCACCAAACAAAACAAACCCGAGAGGUGUCAGAUUCAAUGA